CGGAAUUUGGCUGCUUCCCGUCCUCAGUGAGGUGACAAUGCCGCAACUGCCUACCUAAUGUGGAAGGCCCCUGAACUUUCGCUCCGCCCACUUCGCCUCCUUUUCUGCAGUGGCUUGCAUACGAAAUACGGAGACAUCAGGCCACCAGCAUACGGAGUAAACUGCCUACCUUAUAUACCAACCCGUAUCACCCUCCCUUGCCAGUGAUCUAUCUUUCCCCGGUUCCUCUCAUCUCCGAGAGACGGUCUGUGAGGAGUCAUAUCAGAGGCAGAUCUGGGCAGACUCUUCCACGCAACAAUGCCGCACCAUGUCGUGGUCAUCGGCGCCGGUGUCAUAGGCCUGAGCUGCGCUAUCCUUCUCCAGCAAGCCGGCUACACCGUGACCAUUGUCGCCCGGGACUUCCCCGCGCCCUUUGAGACCAUGGACCCUUCGACCAAGAUCAACUACACCUCGCCGUGGGGCGGAGCCCGUAUGUUUCUCAUCUAACUAAUUAUCCCUCACACCCAACCCUCCCAAUAUCCUCGCCACACCCCCCCUUGCCCAACCCGACCUUUCCUGACAAAACCUGUCUAG